AAAAAAAAAAAAAUGUAGUCUAUACCCUCGAGGCUUUGGUAUAGGCUCAUAGAAAACGUAGGUACGCAUAGAAAUAAACUCCAGCAAAGAUCAGUUAUUAAAUCAUCACUUAUGUUUAUAUUGCUCUGUAAUUGCUUAGAAAAUUUCAGGUAUACAGACAAAAAAUAAGUAAAUUUCUCUGACGUCUCUCCCAUCACUACAGGGGUGCCACUUUUACUGGAAUAUUAGUCAAUUAGAAAAAAAAAACAAUGAGGAAUAAAUGAAAAAGAAGAAAGAAUGUAGAUACUAUAGCUGAGUGAAAUAUGAAUAUCCUUAAUUUAUGAUCCGUUUCUUGGAAUUUAAGCCACUGCAUCCAGCGAUCCCCAGCGCUACAUGUGGCACCACCGCUCUUAAAGUAGAACGUAAACACUAAACAGUAAACACUGCCAGUGUUGUUAUUUGGACUUGUUUCUGACACUUGACAGUUUCCCACCCUCCUGGCGGCCUCAGGCGUCCACCUCUCCCGGCAACCUACUGUCCUUCGCCUUACCUGUACCUUCUUGAAGAAGACCCCAGCUACCACGCCUGUCAAGACUACCUAGGGUUCAUAAGGAUCCAUACGUCUUCGUGACCUGUAAUAACAACAACCUGACAGUUCACAAGUUGAAUGGGAAAUGCAUUAUGAGUUAUGAACUUAAGGAGCGAUGAUAUGCUGGUCUGAGAAUGCCAUUCACCAUCAGAAAUGGUGCAGAUAGUGAGGUCAAUAUUGAUGUAGCGUGUAUUUUCGUGAACUUAAAACGGCUAAAUAACUCCUUAUCAUUUACCUGUCACAGCGAAGCCUCUGAAAUAGCACAUUAAUAACAAUGAUUCCAACAAGUCCAGAAAAGAAACAGCUUCUCUCUAAGAUGAUAUGGGGUGCAGACCUGCCUACUAGUGAUGUGGUGGAGCUGCUGGCAUCUCACGACACUCUCUGCAAAAAGCUGACUUGUUGCCACAUUGCUGACAAAUGCCAUAGUAAUAAUGAUUUGGCCCUCUUGACUGCCAAUCUGCUCCUGAGAGAUGCCAGUGACGCUAACCCAACCGUUCGCAGUGCCAGCAUCUCAGCCUUAGCAGCUCUGCCUGGGAUAGAAGAAAGUGCUGUGCGGGUUUUGACAUCUGCACUCAGUGAUCAAGCAGCAAUGGUGCGGCGGUGUGGGGCACUAGGGUGUGUGAAGCUCUUUGACCAUGCUCCAGAGGCGAUUCUAGAGUGUGGGCUGACUGAUGCCCUUUAUGAUGGACUGCGUGACUCUGACCCCAUUGUCAUCACCAACUGCAUCCUGGCCCUGGAUCACAUAUUACAGACAGAAGGUGGCAUUGUGGUCAAUAAGAACAUAGCCCACUAUCUAUUGAGCAGGAUCAUGCAGUUUUCUGAGUGCAAUGCUGUUUAUGUGCUGACCAUCUUGCUCAGAUAUUCCCCAAAGUCAGAGGAGGAGCUGAUUCUCCUGCUGAAUGCACUGGAUGAGUUACUGCUGUCGAGGGCUCCUGCAGUGCUUGUUGCUGUGGUGAAACUCUUCCUCCAUUGGACUCAGGAUCACCCACACCUCAAGAAGGACAUGUUGGAGAUGAUACAACCUUCAGUGUGUAAAAUUCUCAGCCGAAAUGUGUCUGAAACAUCUUACUUAUUACUAGACUUUCUUAGUACUUUGGGUGACAUAUAAGUGUUUGGUCCCCAUUAUAAGUACUUCCUUGUGCGGGCGAAAGAUCCUGGCUAUCUCAAAACACAGAAGCUCAAAGUUCUCCCACUCAUCAGUACUGAGAACAAUGUGUGCUGUCUCAUGGAGGAAGUGAAGCCUUUCUGCAGUGACUAUCAAAGUUUUCGAAGUGCUGUGAGCUGCAUGGGACUACUGGCCAAGGUCAGCCAUGCAGCCCAUAACAUGUGUCUGUCCAUGCUAGUAACACUUCUUGAUGCUCCUGCUGAGAGGGUGGUGAUUGCUGCUCUGGAGUGUCUCAUGAAUGUUGUCCUGUCAUUACCAUCAGUUGAGAAAAAUAUAAAUGAAAGUUCUCCAAAUCCUGCUUUAUCCAAGUCUUCCUCUCUAGGAAAUGUGGAAGUCCAAAAUCAUACAACUUUGGAAGAGUCACUCUCACAAUUAUCAAUUCACACUGAAGAGUUUAAACCUGAGCCAAAAGCACCAUCUGUGCCGCAGAAUGAGCUUGAGCUACCACAAGACUUGACAGAUGCUAUUGUAAGAGCUCUGUCACAGGAACAUGUUCAAGAAGCAGCUCCUUCUCUUGUCCUCUAUGUUUUGGGCACACUGGCUCCCUACCUGGACUCUGCCCCAGAUAUUCUCCAGCGCAUAUCAUCUCUGGCUUUCUCUCCAUCAGUUCAUGCUGAUUUGGUGAUGGCUGCUGCACAGACCUUCAUUUCUCGACCAGCCCAGACACAGCUUCUCCUGGCAGCUAUUCUUGCUCGUGCCUUUAAGUGUGCAGGUGAACCAGCCUCCCGUGCUGCACUGAUUUAUGCAACACUUCAGGAACAUCCUAGUGAUGCAGCCUUCCUUUUGGGUGCCACUGUAAAGCAGUCGCUUUGUUGUAACACUGAAGAGUGUCAAGAGCAGCUGUUAGAAGGCAGUGAUUAAUGUUCAUGUGCUGUGUUCAGACCAACACAAAUAAAAACAUUCAAGCAUAGAGAGCAUUUAGCAUAGAGAGGUUUUAACUGGAAAGUUAUCUACCUUCCCAUGUGCCAAGUGAGUGGGCUGAAAAUUUCCAUUGUCCAUGCUAAGAAUCCAAGAAAAAUUGUAAGAUAUGUUAGGUUGAAGGGAAAGUGAGUUUGAAUGCUGUGUAGAUGAAUGGGUGCAUCAUUUGGUUUCAGUAGAUGGCUUAUCUACUUCUGAAUGAAGCAGUUUUCUUUUCUCAUCUUUGGCUUUCCAUCUUGUGCAUGAGUAUGGAGAGAUAUUCACUGCAUUCAUUAAAAGAAAGAUUUCUGCUUAUCUUGUUUCUAGUCCUUUGGUGUGCAGUCAUAUUUGUUUGAUUUUUGCCAAACAAUUAUUUGAUUGAAAUUAACAGUAAAACAUGAUGUAUUACA